AUGACUGCCGUAUCAGAUUUGGUCCGCGGCGGGUUCCAGCCGCGCCUUCCGACUUCGCUGCCGCCCCCAGGGCAGAAGCAGCAGCCGUCGCCGCUACCACGCCGACAGCCCGUCCCGUUGAUGCCUCCCGCGCAGCUUCAUCCGGGAGCGCCCCAGGUGGUCGCUCCGGCGCCUGCGGUCCCUCUUCAGUCGCCACCGCCUUCGGAGCUGAUAGACGUCGACCCCUCAGCCGGGCCGCCUUCCCAAGCGGUGGCUGUGCAGCCUGUCCUGCAGCCGCUUUCCUUGGGCACCCCCAAGGAGUCUGACACCGCAGCGCCUUGUCCGGCGCCCACUCGGCAGCCGUUGACGCAGCGUCAGGAGACGCUGCCUCUCUUCGUGGGUCCCGACGCCCCGUCGCGUCCAGUACCAGAAGCUGCGCCCGUGGUCACAGGCGUGCACCCUGACCUCGGUUUUCAGUCGGUGUUUCCCGAGGCCCCGCGCAGCCAAUGCUGGGAUACUGGGAUAAGGAUCCUCAUCUCAUGA